UCCCGGCGGAGCGGCCGGGGAAGGGAAAGCCGGGCGAGCCGGGGAAGUGCAGCGGCCCCGGCCCUUCCGCCGGCGGCAGGAAGCAGGAAGGGAGCGGGCAGGGGCCGCGGGGAGCCCGGGGCGGUCUCUGCUCUUCUCCCUCCCCGUGGAGAUGGUGGUCCUGCGGGCUGGGCUCUGCCCUGGUCUCACUGAAGACAUGAUCCAGCUUCUCAGGGCCAAUGGCAUCAGGACGGUGGUGGACUUUGUAUCUUCAGACCUGGAGGAUGUUGCCCAGAAGUGUUCCCUGUCCUACAAGGCGCUGGUGGCAGUCAGACGUGUGCUCCUGGCCCAGUUCUCUGCCUUCCCUGCCAACGGAGCAGACCUCUACGAGGAGCUCAAGAGCUCCACCGCCAUCCUGCCCACUGGCAGCCCAAGCCUGGACCGGCUGCUGGACUCGGGGCUGUACACGGGGGAAGUGACGGAGCUCAUGGGAGCGCCGGGCAGUGGGAAGACACAGGUGUGCCUGGGCAUUGCAGCCAGUGUGUCCCUGGGCCUCAGGCAGCACGUCCUGUUCCUCGACUCCACGGCGGGUUUCACUGCCUCCCGUCUCUACCAGAUACUCCGAGCCCAAACUGAGGAUGAGGAAGAGCAGCUGGAGGCUCUGCAGAGGAUCCAGCUGGUCCGUGUGUUCAACAUCUAUGAGCUGCUGAGAGCUUUGCAGGAGCUGCGGGAUCGCCUCUCCCAGCAGGUGGUGAGCUCCGUGGGACCUCUCAAGAUGGUGCUGCUGGACUCGGUGUCGGCUGUGAUUUACCCUCUGCUGGGUGGCAGGCAGUCAGAGGGUUUGGCCCUCAUGAUGCAGCUCUCCAGGGAGCUGAAGACCCUGGCCAGGGAGUUCAGCCUUGCUGUUGUGGUGACCAACCAGGUGACAAGGGACAGCAGCACUGGCCCGCUGAAGCCAGCCCUCGGCCGCUCCUGGAGUUUCGUGCCCAGCACCCGGGUGCUGCUGGAGAGCAAAGAAGCCACCUGGGAGAAAGCCACCACACAGCGUGCUGCUUCCCUGGUGAAGUCACCCCGGCAGCCAACAGGGAUCCAGGUGGAGCUGGACAUUGGAAACGGUGAUGUGCUGGAACCGAGCCUGGUGACACCCACACAGGGACUCUGAUGGGAUGCAAAAGCAAACGUCACGAGGUUCAAGAGAGCUGCACAAAAGCAGGCAAGCACUGAAGGUUUUACAAACUGACUGAGAGUCCUGCAGCCCCGGGAGGGACCAGCAUGAAAAACCUCUUGUUCUGGCCCUUGGAAAAGCCGAGUGUGGGGCUCCCUGGAGACAGAUGCUGCCUGCAGUAGCUGAGCUGUGAGGGCAGCAGGGCUGCCAGGUCCUGCCCUCUGCUGCAGGCUCGUCUUCACCCCCCAGAACCGGCCCUGUGCUCAGGUGUUGUUUGGGAUCAGCUUUGUGCCUUGUCCCCACAGCUCCCCAUGCUGGUUUUGUUCCUUCCCUGGCUCCUGGAGUUCUGAUCAUCCUCGGCCCCACAGUGGGCUUGGUUCAGAAAUAAAAGGAAAAAAAAAGCUGUUGAGAGCUGGAAUUCAGUUAAUGACAGCUGCUCAGAUCUUAAUUACAAAGUUGAGCAGGGCUGGCUGUUGAUGAGCAGGGACAUAAUGAUCUUCCCUUCUCCCCAGAGUAACACCAGGCCCUGUGGGGACCUGCUGGUGUUUUUGGGGCACAGCUGGACUGUGGAAAGGCCUGCUGAUAACUGAUGGAAGUUCUGAUCUGGAUCAGCUGAGGCAGAUGGGUCCUGGCUGGCACCAGCUGGCCCUGCUUGCUGCUCAAGGACCUAUUCAAUGGCAUGUGGUGAUGUUUAAAAUAAUCUUCCCGUGCUCCAGUGCUUUCCAGCUGCUCUUGCCUGCUCUUGGCAACCUCCUGAGGAGAGAGGAGGCUCAGAUGUGGAGUUUCCUCUUGAUCCCAGCUGUCUCAGAUACCCUCAGUUUGAGAGACCUCCUUGGCAGGUGGGGACAAUCCCGUCACUGCUGGGCUGAUGUCAGGACCAGGACUCACCUGCAUGCAAAGGUUUCUAACCCCCCUGCUGGGAAACACUGAGCUCUGUGUGCAGACUUCAGCCCGGAGAAAGUUCCAAUUGUUCCAGAGAAGGGCGAGUUCUAAAAUGCAGCUUCUGUGGCUGGUGGCACAGCUGGCCAGAUCCCCUGCCUGUCCUGAGGCCCUUGCACAAGCAUUGCAGGAGAUUUUGGAAACAGUUUAUUUUUCAGAUUCCAAGUAAAGUGUAGAUUUCCAAGUCCCCUUUGACUUUAUAAUCCAAAAAAAGUAGAAAUCGAAGCUGGUUUUUAUGUAGAAGCUGUUCCAUGCCCUUGGAGCUCAGGGCCCAGGUUCCUGCCAGGGAGACAGAGGCUGGUAUUGCACAAUCCAUGCCUUAUGUCUCUUGCAGAGGAUCAUGGAGUUCCUUGUCAGCUCAGUCAAAUCUCAUCUGUCACUGUGCAUCUUCUUGUGCAGAGGGCUCUGGGCUAGGAAGAGCAAGAUUUUGUCUCUCAUGCAAAAGAAAAACAAGAGUUGAAGCAUGAAUUUAAUAAAAUAAAGCCCAAAUCGUUACCGUCCUUUUUGGCAAACUACUUCUUUCUAUAUUCCUGCUGUUAUUUAUUACCGCU